CUCAAAGAGAAAGUACAUCUGUAUGCCUACGUGAUGUUUACUUUGACACCACUGCCGGAGCUUUACGCACCAAGACAUUGAGGACAAAGCUGUUUGUCCUUGGAAAUUCAUAAAAAAAUACUAAUACACAUUAAUUUGUGAGUAUGGUCCUACCUAUGGUUAAAUCAUCAGUUCUUCGCUCUGGAUCAUUUUUGCGGGUUAGCACGUUAUCUCAUAUUGUGGCCCGGUCUGUCAGUGUUUUAUCUAGAUCUACAAACUUAUUAUGCUGGAAAUGUACAAAAUCCAAAUUUGAGCCACAAAGGUCAUUUUGUUCCUCAAGGACAGUAUUGUUAAGGAGAAAUUGGAAUUGUGUUUCAAUAGGAACAAGGAAGAUGUCAGACUUCACCGGAAAAGACAAAGACUAUAUAUUUAGACAGCUGCUGGACUACAAGUCUUUUACCUACACCUACCUGUUAGCUGACCCAGUUACUAAGGAGGCUGUUCUUAUUGACCCCGUCCACGAACUCGUGGAGCGUGAUGUAAACCUUGUCAAAUCUCUCAGCCUCAAUUUGAAGUUUGCAAUCAACACACAUGUCCAUGCUGACCAUGUUACGGGUACCGGAGAGAUCAAAAAGAGGCUUCCAUCCUGUAAGAGUGUUAUAACUGAUGUCAGUGGGGCCAGUGCUGAUGUAAAAACUGAAGAAGGAUCAAAGUUGGAUUUCGGAAAUUUUUCACUGGAGGUAUUGAAAACCCCUGGUCACACAAAUGGGUGCUGUACCUAUGUGUGGCAUGAGAAGGGGAUGGCCUUCACUGGUGAUGCCGUACUGAUCCGUGGCUGUGGUCGUACUGACUUCCAGGAAGGUGAUGCGGCCACAUUAUACGACUCUGUACAUACCAAAAUCUUCUCUCUCCCAUCCAACUUCUUACUGUAUCCAGCCCAUGACUAUUCAGGUCAAACAGUGACAACAGUGGCAGAGGAAAAGACCUUGAAUCCUCGUCUUUCAAAGUCUAAGGAGGCGUUUAUAAAAAUCAUGGCAGACCUGAAUCUCCCCUACCCUAAACAAAUAGAUCGCGCCCUGCCUGCUAACCUGCUGUGUGGAGUAUUUGACACAAAAUAGAGGCCUACAACCAAAAACAAAAUGGAGAACUUGCCUUUUUGGGAGAUCAUGGUUACUUCCUCUGCAGACUGGACAUGGUGUGACGAUGAUAUGUGGAGACCCGAUCCAGUGUGGAUAAUUUGAUUCGGUUUGGAGAAUUAACUCUUUGCUGUGGAUGCCUUCGAACAAGUCAUAUUAGUAUAUAUAUGUUUUCCAUUUUUCCAAGGUUUUAUUACAUUUGAGAUUGUAUAUCUGGUUGUAUCAUAUACACACAAAUCAUUACAAUGUCUUUCAGUUAUGGAAAUGCUAACGAAUCAAUUUUGUGAAGUAAGUUUUAUAUAUAAUGGAUGCAUUUUAUUAAACAAUGAAAAAUCUUUCAAAUUUAAUAGUACAGGUUUUUGAUAAACAGAAGAGAACAUAAGUAUUUUCCUAAUGAAUUUGCCAGAAACAUAUCUCAAAGAGCAAAUGUAAUGUGAGAUAGCAGGGUUGUAAUUUUUAUUUUUAUAGCUAUGCAUGGUCUCUAAUAAGCAGACAGAGAAAAUGGCUUCUCACUUAAUUCUGAUAUUUCAAAACAGACCCAUGUUCAGAUAUUGCAAGAGGAUAUAUACAUUCUGAUACUAGUACUACAUAAGAAACACAUUCAGAUACUGGUACUACAAGUGAAAAUUUACAAGGAGAAACACGUUUAUGAAUUACUUAAGAUAGUUGAGACACAUACAAAAGGAACUGGGGGUUAAUUAGAUGUAUUGGAUUCUAGCUUUCUGUUGGAGUGUCUUGCUAGGAGUUUCCAAUGGACCAAAAUACUUACUCGCUCGUUCCUACUCUGGAGAUGUACUCAUGAUUCUUGACCAUACUCGACCUUCCAAGUUCAAUCAAUUUUUGCUGCCGUUUGCUGUAUAUUAGCUUGAUAGGUUGUACGUUCAGUUGCCAACAAUUUACCUUCCUUGAAAGUACAGACGUCUAGAAAUAAAUUGUUGAACUCAUAAUGACCAUAUAGUGCUUUUGUUGAGAAGGUGGUUUGAAGGAAUUAAAGUCAAUCAAAAGUCAAUUUUAAGAUCUUGCAACACAAACCCGCUAUGAAAACUUUAUAAGCUGGAGGUUUUGUACAGUUUGCACAUUGGCUUGAUCAUUUACCAUUUGAUAGAUUAAAUCUAAAUUAACGGUUUGACAGUGAAUAAUAGAAUAUUCCGUUACCUCCAUGGUGUCACAGAGAAAUGUGCAAGGACUGAUAUUCGUAGGUGUGAAUUCAGAGGCCGUUCUCAGGGUUAGAUAAUCUAAAAUAUCACUACAUCACAUCCUUAAAACAAGGGAUGAUUAUCUUUCCUCCGUCAUAUUAUUUUAUUGAAGCAGGGUUCAUUUGUACUCUAACAAUGCUAAGAGGUUUUACACAGCGAGAUACUUUUGACAGGCGCCGUGUAACGACAAAAUCAUAUCCGAUAGAAAAGAGCCGACCAGCGGCCUCUUAUGUUAUAGGAGUAGGUUCAGUUGAUCAAAUAUUCAAGAAAGACAUAUGGUAAUUCAAUACAUUGUUGACAUGAUGUCAGUUUAUCGACUGAAAUUUUGAACAAAUACAACGAAGACCAAUCUGUGAAUGAUGGGAAUGAAUCAUUCUGCUUUUUCAGGAAUUCCCGCUAUUAACGUACAUAUUUAUGCAUUCUUUUUUUCCGGUAUUAUUUACAUGUCUGUCUGUGGAAAACAUGCAAUUUAAACUAUUUUCAAGCUACCCAAUAAAUUGAGAUGGUCCAGGUUUUUAGACGUUUCAGUGGUAACAUCCUUUUUUUUUUUUGAUUGAUCAUCUUAUUAAAAAUGCAUACCAUUUUCCCCCAGCAAACUUGUUAAGGUCAAUGAUCUGGGUUGUUUUGAUUAGCCAGAAGUUUACAUACUGUUUUUCGUUGUAGUAGCCUUGUUCUAUUACAAUUCAACCUAUAGAACUUGUGUUUGUCAAGUUGGACAAUGGUUAUUUUAAGAAACACCUGAUGAAUGUACAUAUGGAGUUAUACAUGUAUAUAUAUAAUUCAAAAUAAUUUUCCAGUGUAACAUUACUAUUUUUAUCAUAAUAGUAUUUAGCACUGACAGUGUUCUGUACUUGUCGAGGUCAAUCAUUUGAUAAUUGACUUCUUUGUGAUGAGCAUAGUAAGGAUUAUUGAAGGUCAAAUAUAUUUUCAGAUAUGUCCUUAAUGUAAGAAUGGUUUUAGGAAACUUCUAAUCGUUAAUGUAUGUUGAUUUCGAGCUUUACCAGUUAGGUGAUUAGUUAUUAAUGCUGUGUUUAUAUUCAAUAUUCAGCUAUACCUAUGUAUCAGUUUAUUAUAAGGUGAAUGCAGUGUUGAUUUAUUUUAUGCAUCAUGCAAAAUGAAAACCGAUCAAAAUGUAUUGAUAUUAAAUAUAGACUGCUUAUUUCAGUAAAAGUAUUUUUAACAUGCAAGAAAAUUUUACAAUUACAACUCAAGAAUAGCAAAACAGAGGUUGCUUAAAUCUGGUGUGAAUUUGUUCAAAAUUUGGAGAAUAAACCGUGUUAAUUUUCAGUAAAGAUUGUUUCAUUUGAAUUAAAUAUACGAUAUUAUACAAUACCAUGAUAUGAUAUACUUUUAUAGAAAACAUUUGUUAUAAAAAAUAAUUGAAUUAUAUACCAAAUUAUAUUUUCAUUUCACAUGGAACAUGCGUAUAUAAAUUGUAUUGAAAUGUGGAGCAUGUACAUGUAUUAAUUGUUUUUCAUGGCUUUAUAUUUUUUAUGUACAUAUAAAACAGCAACACAAAUGACAGAGGACAAUUUAUUCAUCGUCACGUUUAUAAAAUAUUGCAUAAUGAGAAUUAUUUUAGAGCUAAUUAUGAUAUUUAAAAUACAUUUAACAGCAAGCUGUAGGCCGAUGCUGUUUUGUAUGAUGAUUUUAGUUCCAUAGGUUGUUGUCGGAGAAUUAACAGAAAGUGCUUUUUAUGUUUUUUUUUUGUUUUGUUGUUGUUACUUUACUGAUAUGCAGUUUGCUUUUGUUUUUAAUCUCUUAGAAAAUGAUGCUUUUAUUUAUACCUGAGUAAUACCCCAUAGGUUUGAUAUUUAUCGGCGCUAUUUUUGUAUAUUUUGUCCCGCGUUUAGAUAUAUAACUACACCAUAUAUAAUAACAUAUUCUGAUCUUUUCUGCCCAUGAGUUUAGGUGGGAAAAAUAAAGCUACUUAUUGACAAAUUUUGAUUAGUUUAACAAAAUAAAGAUGUAUCAAGAAUUU